CACUGUUUGCCAUUAGGGAAGGGACAACAGGGGCUGCGUUUUCUCACUGUCUCUGGGUUUGGAAGACAUCGAUAUUUCUGCUUCGGAGGCCAGAGGGAGUGAGCGCUAAAGCCUCCAUCACCACCUCUCGCUGAAGCCAACAGGCGCUCUCUCUUUCUGUCGCUUCGGCUUUCGUCUUCUCUCUGUGGACCGUACUUUCGAAUAGGCAGGUAUUGCAGGGGAGUUUAAUCUGCGGCCCUCCUCAUCUUAUCAUGCGCCGCUAUUGAGUAAUCGUGUACUUCGACUAGUCUUUGGAUGAGAGUGAAACUAUACAUAAAACCCGAUGGCAUGGACAGAAAAAGAUGUUGGUGAUGGGAGAGAAAGAGACCCAAUUAGAGAGAAUGGUUUUUUGAAAGGAUCACAGCCUUCAACUGGUACUGGUGGAUCUCCUGUUAGUAUUGCUUCUGUACAAAAGGGUGAAGUGAAGGACACGCUUGCUUACGCCACCAUUCUUCGAUCCAGGAACAAGUUUGUUGAUGCACUUGCUCUGUAUGAGAGUAUAUUGGAGAAAGAUAGUGGAAAUGUCGAAGCUCACAUUGGAAAGGGGAUAUGCCUGCAGAUACAGAAUAUGGGAAGGCUUGCUUUUGACAGUUUUGCAGAAGCCAUCAAGCUGGACCCCCAGAAUGCAUGUGCCCUCACCCACUGUGGAAUUUUGUACAAAGAUGAAGGCCGCCUGGUAGAGGCUGCAGAGUCUUAUCAGAAGGCCCUAAAAGCAGACGCUUCCUGUAAACCUGCUGCGGAAUGCCUAGCCAUUGUUUUAACUGAUCUGGGAACCAGUUUAAAGCUUGCUGGAAAUACUCAGGAGGGAAUUCAGAAGUAUUACGAGGCGCUUAAAACAGAUCCACAUUAUGCUCCGGCCUAUUAUAACCUUGGGGUUGUCUACUCUGAAAUGAUGCAAUAUGACACAGCUCUUAGUUGCUAUGAGAGGGCAGCACUUGAAAGACCCAUGUAUGCUGAAGCAUACUGCAAUAUGGGUGUCAUCUAUAAAAACCGUGGUGAUCUGGAGUCAGCCAUAGCCUGUUAUGAGAGGUGUCUUGCUGUAUCGCCAAACUUUGAGAUAGCAAAGAAUAAUAUGGCAAUAGCAUUGACAGAUUUGGGAACAAAGGUUAAGUUGGAGGGAGACAUCAAUCAAGGUGUGGCAUAUUACAAGAAGGCUUUAUAUUAUAAUUGGCACUAUGCUGAUGCGAUGUAUAAUCUUGGGGUUGCUUAUGGUGAAAUGUUGAAGUUUGAGAUGGCAAUUGUGUUCUAUGAACUUGCUUUCCACUUCAAUCCACAUUGUGCAGAGGCAUGCAACAAUCUAGGAGUUAUAUACAAAGACCGUGACAACCUCGAUAAAGCUGUGGAGUGCUAUCAGAUGGCAUUGUCAAUCAAACCAAACUUCUCACAGUCAUUGAACAACCUCGGUGUUGUGUACACUGUUCAGGGGAAGAUGGAUAUUGCUGCAAACAUGAUUGAGAAAGCUAUCAUGGCAAAUCCCACAUAUGCAGAAGCCUAUAAUAAUCUAGGGGUUCUUUACAGAGAUGCUGGAAGUAUAGCUCAGGCUAUUGAUGCUUAUGAGAAAUGCCUUAAGAUAGAUCCUGACUCUCGCAAUGCAGGACAGAAUCGAUUGCUUGCAAUGAACUAUAUAGAAGAGGGACAUGAUGAUAAACUCUUUGAGACUCACAGGGACUGGGGUAGGCGAUUUAUGAGGUUAUACCAACAGUACACUUCAUGGGACAAUCCAAAAGAUCGAGAAAGACAACUUGUGAUUGGAUAUGUUUCUCCAGAUUAUUUUACACAUUCAGUAUCUUAUUUCGUCGAGGCUCCCCUUGUUUACCAUGACUAUGCAAAAUACAAGGUGGUUGUUUAUUCAGCCGUCGUGAAGGCAGAUGCAAAAACUAACAGAUUUAAGGAGAAAGUCCUAAAAAAGGGUGGGACAUGGAGAGAUAUAUAUGGGAUUGAUGAGAAGAAGGUAGCAAGCAUGGUAAGAGAAGAUAAAGUCGACAUCUUGGUGGAACUCACUGGUCAUACUGCUAACAAUAAGUUAGGAAUGAUGGCAUGUCGACCAGCUCCAGUUCAGGUGACUUGGAUUGGUUACCCUAAUACAACUGGCUUACCUAGCAUUGAUUACAGAAUAACUGAUUCACUGGCUGAUCCUCCUGAUACUAAGCAAAAGCAUGUCGAGGAGUUAGUUCGACUGCCCGAAUGCUUCCUUUGUUAUACUCCUUCUCCGGAGGCUGGGCCUGUUUCUCCAACUCCCGCUCUUUCCAAUGGCUUCAUAACGUUUGGUAGCUUUAACAAUCUUGCUAAGAUAACACCUAAAGUUUUGCAAGUUUGGGCUAGAAUACUCUGCGCUGUUCCAAACUCAAGACUUGUGGUGAAGUGCAAGCCAUUUUGCUGUGAUAGUGUAAGACAAAGAUUUCUUACGCUGCUGGAGCAGCUGGGGUUGGAAUCUCUUCGUGUUGAUCUACUGCCUUUAAUUCUUCUUAAUCAUGAUCAUAUGCAAGCAUACUCCCUUAUGGAUAUUAGUUUGGAUACUUUUCCAUAUGCUGGGACAACCACUACUUGUGAAUCUCUGUACAUGGGUGUACCAUGUGUUACGAUGGCUGGUUCAUUACAUGCUCACAAUGUUGGUGUGAGUCUUCUCAGCAAAGUUGGUUUAGGACAUCUGAUUGCAAAAAAUGAAGACGAGUAUGUGCAGUUGGCACUGCAACUUGCCUCAGAUGUCACAGCUCUUGCAAACUUGAGGAUGAGUCUCCGGGAGCUUAUGGCUAAAUCACCUGUCUGUGAUGGACUGAACUUUACCCUUGGGUUAGAGUCAACUUAUCGGGAUUUGUGGCACAGGUAUUGCAAGGGUGAUGUACCAUCUUUAAAGAGAAUGGAAAUGCUACAACAGCAGGCUGUUCCAUUAGAGCCACCUAUCAAUAAUUCUGAGCCGACAAGGAUCACAAUCUCUAGGGAGGGCCCACCCGGACCUGUCAAGGCCAAUGGAUUUAAUCCUGAUUCGUCAUCCGUAGUGCAUCUUGCUGCCGUAGAAGAUGGGACGCAGUCAAAUCAGACUACAAAUUUGGGCAAGCUGAGCUGAAUUUGAAUAUGAUCUUACUGGUGCAUGUGAGCCCCGACAAGGAUAGUGCAUCUUACUAUCUUAUAAAGGGGUGGAGUCUGCUGAAGUAUAUUGGCAUCAUGGCUAUCACUCCUAUUGACGGUGGUGUUACUUACUGUGGAAACCUCAAUGUGUUCGUGUAGGACCAAAUAUUUUUGGGAAAAAGGUGCUGCAAGGUUAAUAUAUUUUCCAUUGCGACAGAGGAGUCGGGCGGAUUGAAGAAAGAUAAUGCUUUGAGUUACCUAUUUAUAGGUGUUGGUGUUUGCAUUGCAGUUUUUUCCCCCUUUAAAUAUAUAAAUUAGUUGGCUUGUAAAUCAGGAGACCCGUCACCUUCCUCCUCCCUCCCCUCCCGUGUCUUUCUUUACCAUGGCAUUUUCUUUCUCGAUAUUCAGGAUGUCAGGAUUGAUUUCAGAGUUGGAGAGGAGCUGUAACAAUUUAGGUUUCCAUUUUGGAAUAUGAAUCAGUGACCAUUAGAAAUCAGUGAUCGUUCUAAUGGUGAGUAUAUUGUAGUAGAGUCAGUACCUACAUCUUGUAUGGUUCUGUGGUCUCC